AUGAUCAGUGAAAUAGCAAUUUCAAUUUUCAAGAACGCAACAUAAUAUCUACUGAUAUCAGCAAGGGAUGUGCGUGCUGGAGUACUUCUUAGAAAACAAAACUAGUUGCAUGAUUUGAAAUAGACUGCUUGCCAAUUUGUAGGAACUUCAAUUGCAGUCCAUUGCUUUAAGUAGAAUUUUGCAAUACAGGAUUGUUUUUAUUUGAAUCAGGAUAGUAUAAUCAACACUUUUCGAUUAUAUAUAAGUUUAUGAAGAUUUGAUGGAGGAAAGAGUUGGCAAAGUGAUGUUGGGUAACCAUAAGCUGACUUCAUCACAUCAUAAGGAUUCUAAAUACUACACCCUUAAAAUUAUGUAGGUAGUUAUUAUAUUGGAAUUCUGAAAAGGACUGAGUAGAUUUUAUUCAACGUAAUAUGUUAUAUAGUAAUAAUUUAGAGAAGGGGAAAUAUUAGAUUAAUUGUAGAUACCAUCUAAUAUGACCAUGAUUAAAAGUUUGUAAAUAGAGAUCUGAAGCUUAAGAACAAACUCAAUCAUUAAUAGAAUAGAUUCCUGAAGUAAUAAUAGUUCUGACAUUAGAUAAUUGUGA